GUGUGGUGAGGGUGGAGAGCGAAACACAAAUCUAGAAAGGGGUGUACUGAUGUAUUGCUAGAAGAGUGAAAUCUUCAUCUGUAACCCCAGAGAGACAUGGACAAACUCAUUCAUCUGAUCUUACUCUCUGGUCUUGUUUGCAUUCCGGGUAGUUUAGCAGAGAAUUUAGCAUUUAAAGGAACAGCGACACAAUCAUCCACAUGGAGUGGCUGGCCAGCUCAACUUGCCAUAGAUGGUGUCAGAAAGGUUCCAUCCUGCUUUGCCACAACAUCUGAGAGUACCCCAUGGUGGAGGUUGGAUCUUCUGGAUUAUUAUGACAUCAGUACAGUGACCAUCACUGCUAGAUCAGACUGCUGUUCUUUUCAAACCAAUGGAGCAGAGAUUCGUAUUGGAAACUCUCUGGAAAACAAUGGAAACAACAAUCCCGUAUGUGCUGUGAUUUCUAAUAUUCUACUUGGUCAACCCAUCAGUUUCUCAUGUCACGGGAUGAAGGGACGUUAUGUGAAUGUGGUCAGAUUUGGAUUUUCAUCUUUUCUCUUUCUGUGUGAGGUGGAGGUCUAUGAAGUUUACAGACAAAAAACCUUUCUGAGGCUGAAGUUUUCCUCCAGUGGUGAUGUAGCUGCUGAGAGCGACGAAAUCCUCCAUCAGCUGCAGUCUGCUCUGGCAUCACACAUCUCUGAUUUUAAUCUGUCCUGGACACAACUACCCAAGAAAGAAGAAGAACAACCCAAGAAAGAAGAAGAACAGGAGGAGGACAGAGGUUCUUGUGUUAAACAUCUUUAACUGGAUAUAUAAUCUGAAUCUUUAAUGCAAUGAUUUAUUUUAUUCAGUGAUUUCUGUUAUUGUUCUUCUCUGUGAUUGAUGGUGUGCAUGGCGAGAUGUUCACAUCACUGCUGACUACUGUCAUCAUUUCAAUCUCAUUAUAGUCCUCCUCAUUGUAUUUGUGUUGUGUAGUUGUGUGUCAAAGCCUGAGAUAAAGUGUGUAGAACAACAAUAGUGUGUCAAUAUCUUUAGUUCUUUUAAUAGCAUCACAUCUUAAACAUGUACGAUCCUUUUAAAACUCUGAUAAGAGAUUUCUAUUUCCCCAGUUUUAUUUACACUUGUUUAUUUUCUGCUCAUAUCUGCGCAUUGUGUAUAAAAGUGAGAGAUGAUCAGGUGUUGUGUGUCUUCUGUUGUGAAGUCUGUCAGAUCUGUGCGGCACUGCUGCAUCUUCAGCUCCUGCUUACAGUCGUCUGAUCUUUUCUUCAACAUAUUAAAGUCUACUCCAAUAUUUUAUAUGUUGGCCCAAAUGCAGGAAAAUGAAUGUGUGCAGUAAGGAGAUUUGUUAGAAACGCUGGAUUAAUAUAAAAACAUAUUUAUUUAUAUGAAAUCACUUCCACUCUGCAUUCAGCCAUAGCAAAUGCGCAUUACCAGUGGUCACC